AUGUAUGGCCACUGGGAGGAUGGCCACUCGGUCCGUUGUCACCGGGACCAGCAGAAAUCGUCCUCUGCAGACAAUGCAUCUCCCAAGGCAGGGAACGAGACCAGCGCAGAGCCACCAGCAGCAUCACCCCUCUCUGCUGCUGAGUUUCAGCCUGCGCUGCCAGGCCCCUCUCCCCGAUGCGAGAAGAGCACAGCGAGCCGGGGGCUCGGCGGGCUGGGGGUUCGUUGGCUAAGGACCAAUGCUACCCCUGCACAGCGGCUGCAGGAGGCCGCGUUCCCCACCUGCUGUGCAGCAGCCCAAAACCACGGGGCAGCGGGGACAGAGACGCCCCCCGAGAGCUGCCCGGUGCCCUGCGGGACUGCGAGGCCCAGAGACCGCGGGGCAGAGCCCCGCACCCUCGGGCAGGCUCUGCAGCCUGCUGGGCCGGAUCGUGCUGGGCCGUCAGUGCCGGCUGGUGCCGUGCCAUGCCACUGGUGCCGCUGCUGCUGUACCAGGCUGUGCCGUGCCACGGUGCUGGGCCAUGGGUGCUGUGGGGCCGAGCUGUGGGUGCUGCGGGGCCGCGGGCGCUGUGGGGCUGUGGGUGCUGCAGGGCUGGCGGGCGGGCAGCAGCAGCAGCAGUCGCUCCUCUACUCGCAGCCCGGGGGCUUCACGGUGAACGGCAUGCUGAGCCCCCCCCCCGGCGGGCAGAGCCUGGUGCACCCCGGGCUGGUGCGCGGCGAGACGCCGGAGCUGGGCGAGCACCCCGGGCACCACCACCACCACCACCACCAGCACCCCGGGCACCACCCGCCGCACCACGGCGGCGUCAACAGCCACGACCCGCACUCGGACGAGGACACGCCGACCUCCGACGACCUGGAGCAGUUCGCCAAGCAGUUCAAGCAGCGGCGGAUCAAGCUGGGCUUCACCCAGGCCGACGUGGGGCUGGCGCUGGGCACCCUCUACGGGAACGUCUUCUCGCAGACCACCAUCUGCCGGUUCGAGGCGCUGCAGCUGAGCUUCAAGAACAUGUGCAAGCUGAAGCCGCUGCUCAACAAGUGGCUGGAGGAGACGGACUCCAGCACGGGCAGCCCCACCAACCUGGACAAGAUCGCGGCGCAGGGUCGGAAGCGCAAGAAGCGGACCUCCAUCGAGGUGGGCGUCAAGGGCGCCCUGGAGAACCACUUCCUCAAGUGCCCCAAGCCCUCGGCGCACGAGAUCACCUCCCUGGCGGACUCCCUGCAGCUGGAGAAGGAGGUGGUGCGGGUCUGGUUCUGCAACCGGCGGCAGAAGGAGAAGCGCAUGACGCCGGCCGGGGUCCCGCACCCCCCCAUGGAGGACGUUUACGCACAGGCGGACACCUCGCCGCUGCACCAUUCCCUCCCCGGGGCUCCCCCGGCGGCUGCCGGGCCCCCCUCGGAGCCCCUCCGCCCGGGCAGGGGGAGCCCCGGGCCGCCCCGCCCUCCUCCCUUGCGCCGGUGCAUUCGUGCCCUGCCCGCGCCCCGGCGAACGGCGAAAAGCCGAGCUCGGCCAGCGCGGGCGGAGUCCUGCAGCUUCGUGGUUGUGCUCUGCCGUGUUUUACUGACCUUAACGUAA